AUGGACAAAAAGCAAUAUUCAGAAUCAACUGCUAGUGGAUCUUCUUCAUCGUCCACAACAAUUAAACCAAAGAAAUCAUCAGCAUCGUCAACAGCAACAUCAGUAUCAACAUCAACAAUGGGCACAAGUGCUGUGCUUCCGCAACCUACUCGUCGAAUUGUUCAAAAUUUUCUUCUCGUCUGGCUCGAUGCCAAUAUUGACGAGUCAAAGGAAGAUUUUCAAAACACAUUAAAACAUUUACGACGAAUUGUAGCAUCCAUUACAACAUUCACCGAUACUCAACAAUGCUUUGAUUUUCUUAGUGGCAUUACAAAGGAAAAGGCAUUUAUGAUCGUAGCGGGUUCACUUGGACAGAAAAUAGUAUCAGAAAUGGAAGCCAUACCACAAUUAGAAUCUGUGUAUGUUUUUUGUAGUAAUCAAUCGUACCAUGAACAAUGGGCCAAUAGGAUACCGAAGAUCAUAGGCGUAUACACAAAAAUCGAAUCAAUUUGUAAAGCCCUAGAAAUUGAUCGACAACGAUGCGAUCAAGCUAUGAUCUCGGUUAGCUUUAAUGGUCUCGAUCCUCUAUUCAUGUAUACACAAUUGUUAAAGGAAGCACUUUUAGAAAUCGAAGAUGACGAUAGAAAAUCUCUCAAAGACCUGACUGAAUAUUGUCGUGAACAGGAUGAUAUCCUUGAAGAUCAAAUUAAACAAGUUGAAAAUGAAUAUCGUAAUCAUACGCCAAUAUGGUGGUAUACAGCUGAAACAUUUAUUUAUCCGAUGCUUAAUCGUGGACUUCGACUUAUGGAUAUUAAUAUUAUACUCAAAAUGGGCUUUUUUAUUCGUCAUCUACAUCAACACAUUCAAAAUUUAUAUCAUAAACAACAAUCUGAGAACAUGAACAUAGCUACUCCGUUAAAAGUUUAUCGUGGUCAAGGUUUAGCAUUAGAAGACUUUGAAAAAAUGAAAAAAAGCAUAAAUCAAUUAAUGUCUUUCAAUAAUUUUCUAUCAACAAGUCUCAAUCAGAAUAUUUCCUUUCAAAAAUUUGCACGACCAGCAGCAUUUAAUGAUCCCAAUAAAGUUGGCAUACUCUUCAUUAUGACUAUUGAUCCUGAUAUUUGUACAAAAUCAAAAAUUCCAUUUGCUGAUGUUAGUCAAGUUGGCUUUUUCGAAGGCCAAGAAGCUGAAAUUCUUUUUACAACACAUACAAUAUUUCGAAUCGAUAAAAUUCAACGAAUUCAGGACGAUCAUACUGAUCGUCUAUGGAAAGUUCAUCUUACCCUUGUGGGUAAUGACAACCACGAGCUAAAUACACUUACAGCACACGUACGCGAAGAGAUCAACUUGAAAGCACCAAUACGAGGAUGGUCUCAACUAGCUUUCAUACUUCUUAAAGUGGGUGAACCUGCAAAAGCUGAAAAACUCUACAAAAUACUUCUCCAAAAAGCAUCUUCUGAUAAAGAGAGAUCAGAUUACAAUCAUAAACUUGGUUGGGCAUAUAAUGAUAUGGGCGAGUAUUCGAAAGCACUUUCAUCGCACGAACGAUCACUGGAAAUCCAAAAAAUAGCUCUCCCUCCGAAUCAUCCCGACUUGGCUACUUCUUACAACAGCAUCGGUGAAGUGUAUUCUAACAUGGGCGAGUACUCGAAAGCACUUCCAUUGCAUGAAAGAGCACUUGAAAUCCGAAAAAUAGCUCUCACUCCGAAUCAUCCCGACUUGGCUCAAUCUUACAAUAACAUCGCUUCGGCAUAUAAUAGUACGGGCGAGUACUCGAAAGCGCUUUCAUCGCACGAACGAUCACUUGAAAUCAAAAAAAUAGCUCUCCCUCCGAAUCAUCCUUCCUUGGCUACUUCCUACAACAACAUCGGUUCGGUAUAUUGUAGUAUGGGCGAGUACUCGAAAGCACUUACAUACUACGAAAAAGAUCUGGAGAUCAAUCUGAAAGCUCUCCCUCCGAAUCAUCCCGACUUGGCUACUUCCUACAACAACAUCGGUUCGGCGUAUGAUAGCAUGGGCAAGUACUCGAAAGCACUUUCAUAUUAUGAAAAAGCGCAUGAAAUCGAUCGAACAACUCUGCCACCAAAUCAUCCACAUAUUGCACACUCGAAAAGAAACAUUGAAAAUGUAAAAAAGAAAAUGCAAUUGUUUUUUUUAAACCAGAAAAUAAAUUGGCCUUCUUGA